GGGGCCGGAGGCGGGACCGUCUGAGGAAGCCCGGCGCGCUAUUGGGCGGCUACCCGCCCCUCGGCUCCGGAGUAGGCUGAGCCGGGAGGGUCCUCGGCUAAAGCCCCAAGCCGAUCCAAGAGGUGGGACUCGCGUCGCGGCCGUGGAGACGUGAAGCUCUCGCCCUAGGCCUCCCUGCCGACCCGUCCGCGCGGCGCCCGCCAUGGAGAAGACGGAGCUGAUCCAGAAGGCCAAGCUGGCCGAGCAGGCCGAGCGCUACGACGACAUGGCCACCUGCAUGAAGGCCGUGACGGAGCAGGGCGCCGAGCUGUCCAACGAGGAGCGCAACCUGCUCUCGGUGGCCUACAAGAACGUGGUGGGCGGCCGCCGCUCGGCCUGGAGGGUCAUCUCGAGCAUCGAGCAGAAGACGGACACGUCGGACAAGAAGCUGCAGCUGAUCAAGGACUACCGGGAGAAGGUGGAGUCGGAGCUGCGCUCCAUCUGCACCACGGUGCUGGAAUUGUUGGAUAAGUAUUUGAUAGCCAAUGCAACUAAUCCAGAGAGUAAGGUCUUCUAUCUGAAAAUGAAGGGAGAUUAUUUCCGGUACUUGGCUGAAGUUGCAUGUGGUGAUGAUCGAAAACAAACGAUAGAUAAUUCCCAAGGAGCUUACCAGGAGGCAUUUGAUAUAAGCAAGAAAGAGAUGCAGCCCACACACCCAAUCCGCCUGGGCCUGGCUCUCAACUUCUCCGUAUUCUACUAUGAGAUCCUUAAUAACCCAGAGCUUGCCUGCACGCUGGCUAAAACGGCUUUUGAUGAGGCCAUUGCAGAACUUGAUACACUGAAUGAAGACUCCUACAAAGACAGCACCCUCAUCAUGCAGUUGCUUAGAGACAAUUUAACAUUAUGGACGUCAGACAGUGCAGGAGAAGAAUGUGACGCAGCGGAAGGGGCUGAAAACUAAACGGAUACAGGGUGUCAUCGUUCCCUUCACGAAACCUUUUUACACAUCUCCAUUCCUUCCUCCACUUGGAUUUCCUAGAGCAAAGAAGCCCGUUCAUGUGUAUGGGAUCAACUGUUUAUAGUCUCUUCACACCGCAGCUUCGGGAAAACUCCAUCCCUUGGUUUGUGUUUGUCUUGGCCUUCUCGGUGUGCAGUUACUGCUGUAGAAAAGUAUUAAUAGCUUCAUUUUAUGUAAACACAAGUAACUUCCACACUUAUGUAGAGGACUGAAAAUGUAUCUGGUAUUUAAGUAAUCUGAACCAGUUGCAAGUGACUGUGUUUUGUAUUACUGUGAAGACAUGAAAGUGUAGUUAAUUGCAAUUGAAAGAAUGUUCUACAUAAUUCUUAGUUUCUACAUUCCCUCUCUUACUCUUUUUCAGGGGUUUCCUUUCAGUAAGCAACUUUUCCAUGUUCUUAAUGUAUUCCUUUUUAGUAGGAAUCCAGAAGUAUUAGGUUGAAUGGAAAAGCACUUGACAGUUGUGGGAUGGGGUGGGGGGGUCCACAAAUUGGAAUGUCUCCUGUAUCAUAUCACAGAGGUCACGAAUAGGUGACAACAGGGAGUUUCCUUAUUCACUCUUUGUUUGCUGCUGUUUAAGUUGACAAAUUCUCUCCCAAUAAAAAUUCACUUACACCUCC